ACGACACACUAAAAUCAUUAGUUGAAAAUUUUUGUACUAGGUAAUGGGAUCCAUACAAAAUUAAAGCACACACUUUUCCCCACUAUAAAACGACACCCACAUGCAUCUCUACACUGCACUCAAAUCCAAAGCCCAACUAAAACAAUCGAUCCAGCUUAGCUAAUAACAUAUACUUUCACGUUUUAUAUAUAUACAUGGCUGGCAAAGUGGCGAAGCUCACCUGCACCUACACGGUGGUCGUCCUCGCAUGGGCUGCGGCGGUGAUGGCGCCCUACGCGGCCGAAGCAGCAGUGACGUGUGGCACCGUGAUGCAGCAUGUCUUCCCGUGCGCCCCGUUCAUGAUGAUGAGCGGGUGGGGGGGAAGUCCGUCGGAAACGUGCUGCAACGAGAUGAGGGCCCUCGGCGGCGAUUCGACGGACUCGGCGGAGCGCCGGGACACCUGCCUCUGCCUGAAAUCAAUCGUCAACCAAGUGUCCUACAUCGAUCCUAACUUGGCAGAGACCGUCCUCAAUGCCUGCGGCCUCACUCGGCAGUUUCCCUUCCUCAGCUUCUCUAGGACCGCCGACUGCGACAAGUAAUUAUUACCAUAUAAUAUUAUGCACUUCGUGUCCAUGCCCACGAUCUUGUGAACGAACCAUGUCACGGCCGUGAUGACAAGGUCCCAACUCCCAAGUCAUAGUUAAUUCAAAUCUAAUUUGGUGAAUGAGCUUUGUCAUGG